AUGAGCUCCAAUAAAGGCUCGUCAUCCGACUUCCUCACUGCUAAAACCCACGGCACCACUAGCAAAGGCACCACUUCCCCCAGCCAAAAUGUCGCGUCGCAGACGUCUGUGUUCGCCUCCAAUUCCGGAUCGCAGAAGGGAAGCUCAUAUAUGCUUGCGGCAUGGGCUGGGGCACCCGUCUCGUCGGAGCCGUGGUCAUCGACCAAAGCCGCCUACUUCCCCACGCGUUAG